ACUGCUGGUAAUUUCAGUGUUUUUUUAUGUUGGUUAUUGUUUGUUUGGUGUGUAGUUGAUUUUGUUGGGCUUUUACAGUGUUUACAUAAAAUCGGCCAUAGCAUUUAGACUUGGAGGGAACAUAGCUGAAGUCUGAAGAAAGUUAGCUAGAUAGCCUGCUAGCUUUGUAGCGCUACAAGUGGCAGCAUGGCAGCUGUAGUUGAGCUUAUUGCUGGAAGCUACGAGCAGAUCGCUUUUGGUUACAAAGUGUUCCCCGACGACACAGAGUGGAAAGCCACAGCAGAUUUCACACAUCAUGCCCAUGCCGCAUCCAUAACAGCUGUGGCAGCCAGUGAGAGAUUUGUUGUCACAGGAAGCAAAGAUGAGACCAUACAGCUGUAUGACAUGAAGAAGAAACUCGAACAUGGAGCUUUGCUUCAUCAUGAUGGCACAAUUACCUGUCUUGAGUUUUAUGGAACAUCUCAUUUACUGAGUGGAGGAGAAGAUGGGCUCAUAUGCGUGUGGAGCACAAAGAAGUGGGAGUGCCUGAAAUCUAUUAAAGCUCACAAAGGCCAUGUCACAUCUUUGUCUGUUCAUCCCUCUGGAAAACUUGCUCUUUCAGUUGGAACAGAUAAAACCCUCAGAACGUGGAAUCUAAUUAAUGGAAGAUCAGCUUUCAUCAAAAACAUAAAACAGCCUGCACACCUUGUCAGAUGGUCUCCAGAUGGUGAUAAAUAUGUGGUGGUCCUAAACGACAAAGUCAACAUCUAUGAUCUGGAGACGGCCUCUGUAACCGGAACAGUUUCAAAUCCCAAGCGGAUCUCAUCCAUUAAGUUCCUAAGUAGCUCCAUCCUGGUUGUUGCAGGAGAUGAUGAAACCGUGAGGUUAUAUGACGUAGGAACAGAGAAAUGGCUUUGUGAGUUUCAAGCUCAUGAAACCAGGGUGAAGUCAGUUGAGAGUUUUAAUAUGGAGGAUUAUAGCGUGAUUGUGACCGCCUCAAAUGAUGGAUUCAUCAAAAUGUGGAAGCUGCAUCUGAAAGAGCCGCUGGAGUCUCCAACCCUCAUAGGGGAAGUGAACACAACAGCCAGACUGACUUGCCUUGCUGUGUGGAAACCAUCAGUGCAACAGACGUCUGAGGGUCCAUCGGCUGAAGCAACAACAUCUGAAGAACUCGCCCUGGAGCUCCGGAAGACGAAGCGGCUUCAGUUCACAACAGAAGAAGUCAUUAUGGAAGAUGAAAGCAAAUCCAAAAAGAAGAAAAAAGAUGGUGGAAAAUAAAGCAGCAAU